UCAAUGUUGAGCUGUUUUCACUGUGGACGCUUCGAACCGACUUCGCGCGCAAGCAACAUAAGAUAUUUUGCAACAAUAAACAGUCAUUUGUUUUCCACGGUUUUAUAAACAAGUUUUGAGUUGUUAAAAACCGAAAAUGGAUUACUGUGUAAAUUUAUUUACUCAGAACAGGACAGCCGCUCUCUAUGUUACAGGGACAACGGUCGCCUUGCUUGGACUCGGACUCGGAUACAAAUACAUAUGGAAACAAAAAAAGUUGAUUCGCGUUGGAGUAGUUUCUCAGUUGUUGGUUCAUCCCAUGAAAUCUGGAAAAGCGGUGUUGGUAGAUACUGCGGAAUGUCUGCGAAUGGGACUGAAAUGUGGAGAGCUUCAGGAUCGCCACUGGCUUGUCAUUACGGAAGACGGCCACAUGUUGACUGGAAGACAACAGCCCCGCCUGGUUCUGGUGUCCCUGACCUGCGAGAACGGCCAGCUCUGCCUCAGUGCUCCUGAGAUGGACGAGUUGAGAGUUCCACUGCACCAGGGCACAAAUCCCAUCUUUAACUGCAGAGUGUUUAGUUCAGACAUUCAAGGCAGAGACUGUGGGGAAGAGGUGUCAAGCUGGCUCACUCGAUAUUUGGCAGCAGGUGUGACUUUUCGUCUGGUGCACUUUGAACCCUCUCUAAAGGCAAGGAGCUCUGCUGAUCAAGACUCCCGUUUUCCCAAGGAUACACAGGUGGCUUACCCUGAUGCUGCUCCAGUCAUGCUGAUGUCCAUGGCCUCCGUUCAGGACCUGGGGAACAGACUAGACUGUGACUUCUCUGUCUACCAGUUCCGGCCCAGCAUUGUCGUCGGUGACUGUGAGCCUUUCGCUGAGGAUUCAUGGGAUUAUGUUCAGAUUGGCCAGGUGGAGCUGCAGAGAGUCAUGGGCUGUGGAAGGUGUGUUCUCACCACUGUUGAUCCUGAAACUGGAAUCAUUAGUAGGAAAGAGCCACUAAAUACUCUCAAAACUUAUCGACUGAUCGACCCUGCACAGAAAGCUUCACCAAUAUUUGGGCAGUACUAUGCACUCAAGAAAACUGGAGUCCUCCAUGUUGGUGAUCCAGUCUACAAAAUUAAUUAUUGAGGCAGGAUGGGAUGGACCUAAUGGGUACCAAAACAAAGUGCAGAUGUAUGCUACAUUUAUGUGCAGGAUGGGAUUGCUGACUUUGGAACAUAAUUAACCAUGUGUGUUGGUGAGAUUCACAUUUUUGUAAUUGCAGUUAAAUGUGAGAAAGUAUCUAAAGCAUGUUUAGUGAUGCAUACUCAUUAGACUUUUACUCGUUACAAAUUGCACUACUCAAUUAAUUCCACUAAAGAAUCACAGGAAUGUUUGUGUGUGUCGUGAGUAUACCACCUAGUCUCCGAUUGUCUUGAAUGUUUUGUUGGUCAACAAAUUCCUGGUCACUUAAAUUUUUUUUAUUAUUAUUAUUUUUUUGAUAUUGGCAGUUUUUCCAGUGUACUGCUGAUUGAUUGAUUUAAAAAUAUAUAUAAAUUAAUGAAUCUCAACCUAUGUGAAAUACUUUAUAAUAAGUUUAACCUUUUGUAUACUGCCAAUAUAAAACCUGUUGGUGGAAAGUUUUAACCCCGUUUGGGGGACAUGGAAUAAGACCAUCACAUAACUUUUAUAAGGGAGCUGAUGUUGUGUAAAGCCAGCCGAUAACAUCUUUAUAGAUGGUCCUAAUUCACUGUUUGGAAUAUUACGUGUAUGAUGUAUCCCUGUGGAUGUUCACAAUCCAGUUUGUGCACUUUCUCAAUCAUUUGACAAUAAAGUCUGAAUUAUUGAA